AUGAACAACAGACAGCGCUUUCGUCUCUUCGGCGCUGAUUCUGAAGUGCUGCUCAAUAGUGAUGAAUUGAAAGGUCAAAUUAGAUUUGAAAGCAACAUGACCAUGGAACAACACAAAGCUAUUUACGAAUUUCUGCAUUCCUGUGGCCACGAAAAUCACCAAGCGAAAGUUCGCGGUGAAGUCAAAGAGGACAAACAGAUACACCACACUCAGCUAAGAGAACUCGACGAGUUCUACGAGCUCACCGACGAAGGCAAAGCAGUCCUUGACCCACAACUUCGGUACUGGGUCGACCGAUCAAUCAACGCACGCCGCAAAGAAGUACGCGUCCGCCAAACCGUAGACCUCGAAAAACCAAGCAACCCCCCAAGACACAUCAUCAAAUCCCGCAUCGCCGACAAAGAAAUCUCCUGCCCCGACUACGGAUUCGACUAUCGAAUCUCUAUAUCUCUCGAAACACCCUGGGAAGGUGACAGAGACCACCUACGAGAAGUGAAAGAAUUGUCCGGUCGCAGCAAGACCCGGCAUAGCUACCGCCACCGCGAGUUCCAGGUCGAUCUGACACAGGUCUCUCACUACGACGACCCAAAGAAAGAGUAUGAAGUCGAAAUAGAAAUUGCGGCUCCGUAUCUGGCUGCGCAGAUGCAGAAAAUCUUCUUGAGGGAACCGAAUAAUUAUGAGCCGAUGAUUCAGGAUUUUGUCAGUAAUAUACAGCUGCUGUGUAAGAAUGGCACGCCGAGGAGGUGA